AGUGCUGAGCAAACCCGGCAUUGAAAGGCAGGAGAGCAAGAGUGAGGUGGAAGAAAAGGGGGAGUGACACAGCAUGCUCUUCUAGAAAAAACUGCCAUACAGAUCUUGAAAGUCAGAGGGACUGAACAGUUUUAAAACACUCUUUCGCCUUGGGACAGUUUAUUUCUUUAUUCCAUGAGUGCUGCAAGCGUGCUCAGGUCUUUCAGCCCAUCAGCAAUGCCUGGCCCAGUAAUGCCGAUGGAUGUGGCUAUGAGAUUCUACAUUAGCCACUCUCCACCUCCUUUGCGAGGUUUCCUCAGCUCCUAUGAGGAGCUGCAGAGGGCCAAGAACCGGGUCAACCAGUCCACCACCCGCAGCCACAACCAGCAGCUCUACAAACCCCUGCGACCCUGCCUCAGCAGCCAACAGAAAGUGGUGGAUGAUGGCAGCUGCGUCAGCUGGAACAACAACAGGGCUGGCAAGAAGAGGGUGGUGUUCGCUGAUACAAAGGGCAUGUCGCUCACUGCCAUACAUGUCUUCUCCAAGUUUGACGAUGAGCCAUAUCAAAAGCGUGGUGGGGGAAGCACAGAGGACCUGCAGUUUGACAUGACAGACCUGGAAACAGCCACAAUGGAUCUAAAGAUCAGCUCAGUGCGCAGCCUGGCACUAGACUUUAAGCAGCCCUCAGCCGACUACCUGGACUUCCGGAACCGCCUGAUUCAGAAUUCAGUCUGCUUGGAGAACUGCUCUCUGCAGGAGCGCUCACUGACCGGCACAAUCAAGGUCCGGAACAUUGGGUUUGAAAAGUCAGUGCAGUUGCGUGCCACCUUCAACUCGUGGGUCAGCUUCACAGACAUCGAGUGUACCUUCAUGAACAACGUCUAUGGCUGCCAAGAUUCCGACACCUUUGCAUUCGUUCUGGAGCUGCCAGCCUAUGUCCCACCACAGAAUCGGGUUGAGUUCUGCAUCUGCUUCAAGGUCCAGGGUCAGACCUUCUGGGACAAUAAUGAUGGCAAGAACUAUGUCCUCAAGCAUGUCGGCUUGAAUGGAGAGGACCUGAACAAUCUGACACACCCAACUUCUGUUGAGCAGAAGAAGCCUUCAGAGCAGAAAAAUGGGGGUAUGAAGCUGCUGGAGAUGGAGUUCGAUCAGUUUGGCAGCCCACGCAUGUCCAACGGACUCUUUCCUGGUUGGCAGAGCUGGGGUCAGAUCGAGAACACAGUGCCUUACUGGUGAGAACAUCAGGAUGUUUGCUGAAAUGGCAUUAGAAUAAGAUAAGACACUGACAGGGCAUUCAGUAUGAAUCCAGCUGUGGAGUUUGAGCUUGGGCUGGCUCUCAGCCAGAAACUAAACUGAAGCAAACGGCCUCUGCUUUUUUAGUGGAGGAAGUGCACAAACCAGACAGAGACCUAACUGUAAUGUGCUCAACUGACCUGCUUUUUGAUGGUCAUUUGGCCUAAGAGACUUGAACUGUGGUUGGCAACCUAGGGAUAUAUGGGGGAAAUCUGUUGUGUGUCCUCUUUUGUAAAAUAUUAAUGUGCCUUCUUAGAGUGCCUGUCCACUAAAAUACAGUCUGUCUGUAUAAUCCACAACAAAUGUUAAGCCAUUUCUGAGGGCCUGAUGUAUUGGUUAAAUAUGCACUGAUUGAGAUGUUCCUCUCAAUGUGAUGUCUGUCAACUGAAGAAGCGGAAAUGAAGCUGAUUAUGUCCUUCAUAUUGAAGGGAAAGUACGGGGAAUGCAUGGCGACAUAAUGCUUCUCUACUACAGGAAACACAGCUGAUUCAUUUCUAAUGAAAAAUGCACACUAAACUUUAGCACCUUCAAAUGAGAAAAAAAAUAAUUAAACAUGAUUCAAAAUUGCCUUAAUUUUUUAAAAAAUUGAGUCAUGCAGCCCUUUCUUUCCCUCCAUGUAAAUUGCACAUGUUUGUCUGAUGGAAAAUGUUUGGCUGAUGUAAUUUUGAGAUAAGUUUGUUAAGAGACUGAGCUGCUAUUGACAGAUGUGUCACAAGAGAGACUCUGCAUGUGAUUGGUUGCCUUGAACAGGAAAGAAGUUUGAAAAUUUCUGUGGUUAUGGUAUGUCAAGAGAGAAAUGGUGUAAAUACGGAAUGUUUGUAUUUUAAGUGCGAUUCUGUGAUGAGUGUACAGUAUGUAUGGCUGGAGUUGAGAUUUUUCUUUUUUGUUUGAAACAAUCUAUGUAUUAUUUCUUUCUCACUGUGAAGAAAGGUCUGUACCCAAGCAUUUUGUGUUUCACUUGAAGGUGUGUGUUGUUGACAUGCACCAUGUCAGUCAUGUAUUUCCCUUUCUGAAAUAAAUGUCUAUAUUUGUGCUAAAGUA